CACCAGAGGAACUACCUGGCCGGUGUUAUAAGAGGGAAGUGUGAGAAUGGCGAGAAUGUUCUAUCGCUGAGGAAGCUCUCUGAGUCUAUGCCGCCUUCUUACAAAUAAUAACAGGGAGAGAGAGAUUCACUGGAAAAGAAGAGAAAAAUCAUAAAUGGGGAAGAAGAGACAGAAGAAAGGAGAACAGGAAAACCCUAAUGUUGCAGAGGCAGCGAGGAUUCGAAUAACGCAGAUACUGGAGGAAUUCCGUGCAUCCAAGGAUGAAGUGUACAAAUUUGAAGCCAACUUGUCAAAUCGUGAACGUGCUGUGGUUCAUGAAGUAUGCCGGAAAAUGGGCAUGAAAUCCAAAAGUUCUGGGCAUGGGAAUCAGCGGUGUGUUUCUGUCUACAAGACUAGAAGGAAUGUUGAAACCCUAAAGGGGAAGGAAAAUCUCACACGUUUCACAUUUUCAGAGGAAUCAGAAAAUGUUUUGCAGGACUUUUUUACACGUUACCCACCUGAAGAUGGUGAGCUUGGUGAGAAACAAGUUGGAAGACAUGGUGAAAAGACAGAUAAAAUUCGAAGAAGGAGAGAUGAUAUCUUUCGAAAACCUUUGAUGAACGAGGAAGAAAUUGCCAAAAAGGUGGAAUCACUUGCUUCCAGAAUUGAGAAGGCUGCAAACCUACGACAGAUAAAUGAAGAGAGGUUAAAGCUUCCAAUUGCAUCCUUCAAGGACACCAUUACAUCCACGAUAGAGUCUAACCAGGUUGUUCUUAUUUCUGGUGAAACUGGCUGUGGAAAGACUACACAAGUAAGAAAAUGCUUUGCCUUAAAUGAAUGGCGUAUCAUAUUUUUAGCGUGUUUGUACUUAUGGGAUAUCUAUGAUUCAUAAUUUCAAAAGCUUUUUAUAUCAUUCU